GGCAGAUUUCGAGGGGCUGGAAGGUACAUGUUUGCCGAAGAAUCCAGGAGACAACUGCGUGGGAAGGAACUGCCUUGCACUGAAGGUAGACACAAAAUGUUGGAGUAACUCUCCCACUUUAACACCAGAUAUUAUUUCAGUGAAAAGAACAUUGUAAAACCUUUUUAGAUGCUGUAUUGAGAUGGAAGACCACCUUGCUGAGGUGCUCCCUGACCUCCAGAAAACACCACCACCUGAUCACCCUUCUCUAUCAGCACCAAGCACUUUGGAGCCUGCUUCAACUGCAGUGGAAAUUGAAGACUCUGAUUAUGCUGCUACAUCUGAAACUGGGACCUUGACCAAUGAAGAGAUCACGGUGCUGUCCGAAAUACCAUUGGGAUUCCCAGCAACAUCUCCAGCAGAUUCAGCUACGCAGUGUUUCUUUAAUCAAGAUUUAAUCUCCCUGGAACCAGUGCCCGACAUAAGUGAAUUUCUGGAUGUGUGCGAUAUUGAUAUUGAUAUCAUCAAUGAUCCUACGUCUAACCCAUGUUCGAUCAUUGGGAACGUGACAACUUCAGAAGAAAUAUCUUUUUCCGCCUUUCCGCAGAACUCGAAGGAAGAACAAUCUCAACUGCUCGAGUUUAGAGAAAAGUGUAGUGAGAAACACAGAAAUAAGAAUGACAAUGGGGAACCUUGUGUUGUGUUGGAGACAUCACCUUGUCAGCCUGAGAAAACAUCCUCUGUGGGGUCCACAAAAGAAGAGGCUGCAAAUCACCAAUUUGAGGCUGACAAUCCUGAACAAACCACAGAAGAUGUGAUGAAUGUCCAGGCUCAUCCAGAGGUGCAGAAUAUACCUGCCGUUCAGGAAACGUGCAGAGGAUCUGGUGGUGAACCUUCAAGCCUGAGUGGUGAGAUUGGAAUUGGUGGAUUGGAUGACAAAUCGAAAGCUGCUUUUGCAGAUAACAGCAAGCACUCGCCUUCUCAAAUGGAGACGGGCAUCGGCACUAACGUUGGAGCAUCCAAGCGAUCAAAACGGAAACGAGGGAAGAAGAAAGGAAAGAAUAAUGGAAAGCCAGAGAAAACAUCUUCUGUGGAUUCCUCAAAUAAUGUGGAAACGUGCAGAGGAUCUGGUGGUGAACCUACAAGCCUGAGUGGUGAGAUUGGAAUUGGUGGAUUGGAUGACAAAUCGAAAGCUGCCCUGGCAGAUAACAGCAAGCACUCACCUUCCCAAAUGGAGACGGGCAUCAGCACUAACGUCGGGGCAUCCAAGCGAUCAAAGCGGAAACGAAGGGGGAAGAAUGGAAAGAACAAAGGAAAUGGGGAACCUGAUUUGAAGAAAUCUCCUUGUCAGCCUGAGAAAACAUUCCCUGUGGAUUCCAUAAAAAAUAAGGCUGCACAUCCCCAAAAUGAAGUUGCCAACGCUGGGCAAACCACAGAAGAUACGAUGAAUGUUCAGGGUUGUCCAGUGGAGCAGAAUGGAUCUGACAUCCUAAAAACGUGCAAAGGAUCCGGUGAUGAGCCCACAAGCCAGGGUGGUGAGAAGGGAGUUGAUGGAUUUGUUGACAAAACACAAGCUGCACUUGCUGAUGCCAGCAAGCACUCGCCUUCCCAAAUGGAGACGGCCAACAGCACUAACGUUGUGGGAGCGGCAAGAAAGAAGAAGAGGAAUCGCAAAACGAAGAACAAGAAAAACGCUUUGGUUCAGACUAAAGAAACCGUUCAGAAGGAAACGUUGGAUGAAAAUUCAUUGGAGCCCCAUGUGUCCAGUCAGCCUGACAAUUCCACUGAAGAUAUUAACAAAAUAUCGCUGGUUGUUGGUGAUCAAGAUGUCGCCACAAAAGAAAAACAGGCAGCAUCUGAUGAAAACCAGAAUCUAGAGGGUCUGCAAAAUGAUUCCAAAGAGGCAACCUCUUCCUUGGAUAGCUCCACAGCAAGUGGCAAGGACCUCAAAAGUGCAUCAGAGAAAAGAAAAAGGAAGAGUCAAAGUGAACAAACAAUUUCUCCAAAGAAAUUUAAAUUGCCAACCGUUGCUGCUGUGAAGUUUGCGUCAAAGUCUGAUGUCCCAGACAAAGCGCGGGAUCUAAAUGUGUCAUCAACGUCUCUGCGCCAUAACGUGGAUUCUGACAAUCCAAGGGAAGAGAGAAAAAUAAAAUAUCAGCCAGAAAUGGAUCCCAAGGCCAGAGCUACUGGUGUUUCAAGGAUCAAUAGGGGCAAGAGAGAAAAUACAACCAAAGAGACACCUACUAAAGAUCAGUCUGCUACCACCUACAAACCAGCCAGAAGUGAUACAGCAAGACAAAAUCACAAAGCCAUCCAAAGAAAGGGUGAAAGCAAAUCCAAUGAUGACAAUGCAAAUGUUUCAGAACCAACCCAAACAAACCAAGAUAUGCCACAAUCAAGUAAUCAGAACCAAUCAACAGUUCGGCUUAUUCCAGUUGCACCGUACACAUUCGCUGUUCAUAGCCAUGUUAUAAUUCCAAAGGAAGUUUCGUUUAACCCAAGAAAGGACAAAAUGUAUAUACAAUUUGGCAAUGGAUUCGAAAUGCUUCAAGUCAUUUCUAUCCGGAAUCUUGACAAAAAUGGGCAACUUUUGCACAGCUGCUUAUUUAUUGAACCUUCUUACAAGGGAAUACCUAUUAAAUAUUGGUAUAGUAUAGAUAAAGGACAAAGAAGUAUUGAGGAAAUAGCUGCACGGACAUUACACAUACCAUGGGAUCUUCAUGAAGAAGAAUGGCACCAGUAUGAUGGCAUCAUGAACGUCCCGCAAGUGUCGAUAUUUAGAACUAUGAGAAACUUCUUUACAUUUGGAUCAUCUCCCGAUGAACGAAUUUUGCAGUUAAUGCAGACUGGACAGAGAGCAAUGCUGGAAGAAAUCUUUGAACUUCUGUCUUCCCUCGAUAGGGAAAAGUUCAAGCAGUUUAACUUACAAAUACAUCAUUUUAAAAAGUGCAUCAGAAGUCUUGAAUUUGGCAUGAAUUGGGUACAUUUUAAUGAAGGACAGGUGAAUGAAUUGAUAAAUGAGCAAUUACAGAAACUGUUGAGCUCUCACGCGACGAAGGAUUCUAAAAAAGGAAAACAGUGCAAAAAGAUUGUGAAAAAUCCAUUUAUGGCUGGAUUGUUGGUCUUUGUUAUACGGAACAAUUGCUCUUUAACUUGCAGUACAGAUGACCUAAUUACUAUCUGCCGAAUGUUGCAACUGCCUGAGAAAAUCGCUGAAAAUGUUGACCAAGACCUGAGAGAAAUUGCAACAAUCUUCCCAUUACGUUCAUAUAUCUGCCUGGGACUGAUCAAUAUGUGCAUUCAGAAAGAGGUAAUGGAGUUUGUGCUAGUUGUACCUUUUCUUCACUGGUGUGUGGAGCAAAAUCGACCAGCACAUUCAAUGAACCGUGAAGCCAGCUCCAGCGGUCUAGAGCCACUACAUAGUGUUUCCAGUAAAACCUUUCGAGACAACGUAAAAAAACAUCCUGAUAAAAGAAGAAAAGUGAUGAAUCUUAUGUUUCAAAACAAACAUCUGACAGAGACAGACUCUACACUGGUCCUGAGUUGGUUUUCUUUCAUUACAACUGCGGAUAUUCCAGAAUAUGCAAAGCAUAUGGGAGUAUCGCUGAAAUAUGUUUCAGAACAACUCAUGAAUCGUUUAAAAGAAUGUGAACUGAAGCCGGAAAAUGCUCAUGACAGAUCAGUAGAUCGUGAAGACAUUGAGGCAUUUGGGAAAAACAUCAGUUAUAUCAAAGAAAUGGUAAUCCAGGAAACGCAGAGAAGAGAUGUCUCUGGCUUGAAGGAAAAUGAGUUGAAUUGGAGUAAUAAGAUGCAUCUCAAAAUCUGCCAGCUGACGAGGGGCGCACUAUUGUAUGAAGUUCCCGCGCUUUCAUUUCAACUGGUAUUGAAAGUUGCUGAGAAGCUAAAGAUGCUGUUAGCAGAAGAAUCGCAGAGCGAGUCACCUCCUGAAGAAAAGAAUGUGCAUGUCGAUUUAAAGUCAGUAAUUGAGAGUGCUCAAGGUUGCCUCCGUUCUUGGCGAACGCUAGCAUUGAAGAAACCCUUACUUUCCCCAACAAAAUCCAUCGACAAGAAUGAACUAGAGGUAUGGAAUUGCCACUUCACCUUAGAGUAUGGAGUUGAAGACUGGGCCAUAAUGUGGAGGAAGAUGACAAGAAUAGACCUUAUGAAAAGAAUACAGGAGGAGAACCCUUUUGACCAGAUAUUGAUCUAUUGGAAUGAAAAGGAAUCUUUGACCACCUUGAAUCACAUUCUAUUGGACUGUUUUGAGACCUGUGCACUUACAAGUGUGGAUGCCGUUUGCGAGAGUAAAAUGGAGGCUGAACUACUAGCAAAGUUAGAUGCAUGCAAAAACCAAAAGUCUCCUGCGAUUUUGUCAAAACUGAUUGAAAAAUCCUGGCAAAGAAACCCUGAGCAGAGAACGGAUGAUAUUAGCUGUGUACUGAGUUCAGACAGUGCCAUUCAUUAUUGUCUUCUACAAGGUGACUGCAGUAAGCUCAAUGUCUCGCAAGAAGCAAGAGGUUUAAUAAAAGAAGCUGAGAAGAGAUUUCACAUGUUGGCUGGAUGCUUGUGCAAUGGCUCGGUGAAGUUUCGUGAUCUACAGGAGCUCCUACAGAAAAGAAAGGAAUUCAUGGGUUUAUUUCAAGCACACCAGAAAAAUCCAUUAUAUGAGGAAAGGAGUUUCCUUCGGGUUCUUAUUGAACCCCUGUUGUCAGCCAGAGAAGAAGAACUUAAAGCCUUUCAGAACGAGAAAAAUGCCAUUGGGACUCUAUUAAAAAUGAUUCAUAAGAUUGUUGGAAUCGUUACAGUCACUGAUAUAACUAUCCUGGAAGAAAGUUAUAAGGCCAAUGUUCAAAACAGGCCGUUGAAUGAACUUGUCAGAAUCGAAAGCUGGACAGGUGAACAAACUAAAAGUCGGCCUGCUCCUGAUGUGAAAUAUUUUAACGUGAGCAGCGACAUCAAAGCUAUGGCGUUUAAAAUGCAGGAAAUGGCAGACAGCAUUGUUGUCUCUCACUGCUGGGAGGAAGCCGCAAGGGCAUCUAACUAUGACGAAGAAACUCUGAACGACCUCUGCUCCAGUAUCUGGGACCUUUGUUUCACCGAUUACACAAACCUAUGCGAGAAGGUUGAAAGUGGUGCCAUAACCUUCCUGGAAGUCGAUCGGAUGUUUUACGAUUUGAGGGAGCAUCCUGAUGAGAUAGAGAAAGAGCUCGCCAUCAUGUUCAGAGUGGUGAAAGGAAUCAGCUUACCUCAGGAGAGGCUUCGGCAGAUCAAAGAAUAUUACAAGCUUCACCUAGCUGCUGACUCUGCACGAAUGAUUCAGAACAUGGUGACAGAGUUAGAGCUACAGGGCGACUUCAGAAAGAUUCAAAACUUGGCAAAACUAAAUGGACCCAUUUUCAAGCAACAACCAUUAAAUUAUGUUGAUAAAGAUCUAAUUAACACUAAAAAAGACCUUGAGAAAAUUACUCCAGAAUGCAUAAAGUGCUUAGAUGAAUUUAUUCGCAGGCAGCCAUUUAUAAAAUGGGUAAAAGAAGCGUUGACAAAUUUAAGGGAAGUUAAAGUGUUUGUAGACUUGGCAUCCAUAUCAGCUGGGGAAAAUGACAUGGAAGUUGAUCGGGUUGCUUGCUUCCAUGAUGCUAUCAUGGGCUAUUCGCCCUUCAUUUACGGACUCCAACAGAAAACUGAUUUUAAAACUUUAAGGACUUCUGUUGAGGAAAUCCAGAAGGCACUUUUCAGCGAUCCAAAACUUCCAGCGAAACUGGUAGAUUCAGCUCGUUAUUUGGAAUGGUUGAAAACUCUGAAGGAAUGUCAUGGGUCUGUUGAAACGUCCUCCAUGUCUCUUGCAGCAGCCAUCAAUAACAAAGGCAUUUACACAGUGGGAAACAUUGAACCACAGCACAAGGGAAAGCUUUCACUAGGAGAUGUACUUCGGCUGCACCUUUGCGAUGAGAGCACGGAUGAAUUGAAGGUAUAUGCUUUGCAAGACCUGGAAGAGCUGCAGAACAAACUAAUGCUGAUGUCAGGAAAAAGGGCAAGGGGAAAAGAGGAAGUUGCCAGAUUUAUGGAGAACUUUAACAACGUACAAAGGCUUGGAAUAGCAUUUAUUGAAUUGUACACAUCAGGCAACAUGCUCUACAGAAACUGGAAGGCACAGGUUUACUGUAGUAAAGAGAGUGACACCUGUCUGACCAUGGAUUUCCAUGCCAGAAACAUCGAAUGCCUGAGAAUAAGUGGCGAUAUCUCUGAGCAGCUCCAAAUAUUGUGCAGAGCACUGGAGACGUGCCUUCAGGAGUGGCAUGAGUUUAUGGGGAAGAGGCGCGCAACUUUUUACCACCUGAAUUACUACACGGCAGAGCAGAUUGUGUAUCUGUGCUCAGAACUGGGAAGCUUUGCCGCUGGCAACUUGCUGUCCGAGCAGGUGCUUGCAAUGUUGUCUUUCAUUAAACCUCACUGCACUGCCAAGGAAAUCGGAGUGGUGAUGCACCAGGCAGAUGCUGUCGAUGUGGGAAUUGAUGCCCUGCAGGAAGUCGAAGAGAGCCAAGAAUUUGAUGCGAGCUUGAAAGAGGCUGAUAUGUCAAAGGCAUCAUACCAAAGAGAAAACGCAAACCUGCCAAAAGCAAUUAGCCUCCUCUGGACCAGGUUCAUGGGGAACAUGACCGCUUUUUUAAUUGACCAUUUAGAUACGGUGGCUUUUGGGAAGCUGCUCAGCCAACUCUCCGCUUUGAAUGCGACGAUCGUGAGGCGGCAGUUCCCCUCUUCUCUGCAUUGCGGAAGGCCGAACCUCCUCACCUGCUCUCGGCCCGAGAUCUUUAAGACUGCUCUAUGCACCUACAUGCAAAACCCAGAGCAGCCACUACCCAGCUACGAUGAGGUGCUCUUGUGCUCCGAGGAGACGACUUGCGAGGAAGUGGAGCUCUUUCUGCGGCGGGCUUUGAGCAGAGGGUCUCUGGAACAGAAGAUCUACACACUGAUACAUGCCGAUUGCCUGAAUUAUGAAACAAGCGUCAGAUUCGGAGAACUGUUUGAGGAAUUGACGCGUCAUUGUAAUCCUGUAUAUCAGUUGGUUGUGAUCUGUGAUGAUAAACGGCAGCAUUGUUACAUCCCAUCCUAUCUCUGUCAUUACAAAGUGCCGAUAGGGCUGAAUAUUAAACCCGAGGCCAUUCAACAGUACCUGGUACGUCAUUUCACCGUCUCUCAAAGGCACGACUCUGCAGCUGACGUAUUCCAUGACAAUCUUUCCGUUAGAAUAAUAUCUUCAAAAAGACCUGGAAUGGGAAAAUCUCUCUACGUUGAUCGAUUGUAUCAAAAACUGGUGCUGAAAGAUGCUCUGAAGAGAAUCCGGUUAAUUGAGCCAAAGAUUAACGAGGGCCAGAUAGUUCAGAAGCUGCAGGAUUCUACAGACACUUGCAAUCUUCGGCAGCCGAUGAUAAUACACAUUGAUGCGGCACCAGUGAGGAAAGGACUGGAAGAAUUCCUUUUCAAAAUUCUGGUAUUGGGAGUCUUGAAGAACAGUCAGGGAAGGAUAUGGAAGCGUAGCACAGCUCAUCUGUACCUUGUGGAACAUCUGAAUGCCAACCAGUUCCUCAAUAAACCACAAACUCAGCAGGUAAACAUGGGACUCCUAAGCGUUCUACCAACCAUUCACUGCCAAUCGCCGAAAGAAGUCCUUGAACUGGAAAAGCGCAGGCGGGAAAUACAUAAUAUUUUGGACCCCUUAAUGGAUGAACAGGAGUUUAUCAGUGAAGCCAUCCAGAGACCCUUUCAAUAUCUGCUCCGGUUCAAUGCGAAUCGAAACAUUGAUAACUUCACCUACACCAGGGAUAGUGUUGAAGAGCAGCCGGCUAAAUGUCUAACCUUGUUUCUCCAUUACUGUGGACUGCCAGAUCCUUCCUGGGCAGAGUUGAGAAACUUCUCUUGGUUCCUCAACCUUCAGUUGAAAAACUGUGAGACCUCUAUGUUUUGCAACCCCAACUUUGUUGGAGACACCCUGGUGGGUUUUAAAAAAUUCAUUGUCGAGUUCAUGAUUCUAAUGGCGCGGGAUUUUGCCACCCCCUCGAUGAACAUUUCAGAUGAAAGUGUCGCAAUUUCACCCUCUCAGCGAGAUGACGAUCUACGCCCGUAUAAAAUGCGGAAAAGGUGGGAAAGCCACCCUCAUCCCUACAUAUUCUUCAACGCAGACGGUUUCUCCAUGACUUUCCUCGGCUUUCACCUGAAGAAAAGCACAAAUGGCUACGAUGCUGUGGAUCAUCGCACUGGCCAGAUUCUGCGAGGAAACGUCAUGUCUUCACAGCUCGAAGAAGGGCUCAACUUGCAGAGAAUAAGAUUUAACGAGGAUUUUGAUGAAAUUCCAAGAAAAGACAAAAUCCGCAAACUCUGCCUGGUGCUUGGCGUUUCAAGUCUAGUCGAUCCAGACGACACCUAUGAGCUGACCGCAGACAAUGUGAUGAAGAUGCUUGCCAUCCACAUGCGCUUUAGGUGUGACAUUCCUGUCAUUGUCAUGGGGGAGACGGGCUGUGGGAAAACGAGACUGAUUAAAUUUCUUUGUGACCUUCAGAAAGGCGACCGUAAAACUGAAAACAUGAAGCUGAUCAAAGUGCACGGGGGCACAACAGCAGAGUCGAUCUAUGUCAAAAUUGCUAAAGCAGAGGACCUUGCCAUUGCGAACAAGCAGAGAUAUAACUUGGAGACGGUGUUAUUCUUCGAUGAAGCCAAUACCACGGAAGCUAUUCACGCCAUCAAAGAAGUUCUCUGUGAUAAAACCGUUCGAGGCAAACCACUGAAACGCGAUUCGGGUUUAAAAAUAAUAGCGGCCUGUAACCCUUACAGAAAGCAUUCUGCGCACAUGAUCGAGCGCCUGGAAAAGGCUGGGCUGGGGUAUCGAGUCAAAGCAGAGGAGACAGAAGACAAACUGGGAAAAGUACCUUUGAGACAGUUGGUGUACAGAGUGCAGCCUCUUCCGCCAAGCAUGAUUCCAUUGGUUUGGGACUUUGGGCAGCUGAGCAAUGAUGCUGAGUUGGCUUACACUUGUCAGAUCGUCAAAAGAUAUAUUAGAAUCCACGGACUUCCGUUCCUCCACACCAAGGCGAUAAUAGAAGUCCUUGCCACUUCGCAAUGUUACAUGCGGCAAAAGCAAGACGAGUGCAGCUUUGUCAGUCUGCGAGACGUGGAGCGAUGCAUGAAGGUCUUGGCGUGGUUUUAUGAGCACAGAGAACUUCUGUUUCCCUAUCCAGAUCCGAACGUCAACAUCCUGCAGUCCCUGAUAAUGUCAGUGAGUGUCUGUUACUAUCCCACUUUAAUGAACAAGGAAACAUAUUUAAAACUCAUAGCAAAACAUUUACCAGACCCUUACAACACUUCGAAAGCCAUUCAGAGCGAAAUUGUCGGUUGCCAAGACCAGUUCAUGGAAAAUAUAAAAACAAGAGAGAGAAUUGCGAAAAAUGAGGCCUUAAAGGAGAACGUUUUCUUAAUGGUCAUUUGCAUUGAGCUGAGGAUUCCACUCUUUCUUGUUGGGAAGCCUGGAAGUUCAAAGUCCCUGGCAAAGACGGUGGUAUUGGACGCGAUGCAGGGACAGUCUGCUCACUGUCCACUGUUCAAAAAGCUGAAACAAGUCCACAUGGUGUCAUUUCAAUGCAGCCCUCACUCUACACCAGAGGGGAUCAUCAACACUUUCAAGCAGUGCGCACGCUUUCAACAGAGCCGGAAUCUGAAGGAAUAUGCCUCCGUCGUGGUCCUAGAUGAGAUUGGCCUGGCCGAAGACUCUCCACAGAUGCCACUGAAGACUCUUCACCCACUGUUGGAAGAUGGUUGCAUCGAUGACGAGGAUCCGCUCCCUCACCAAAAAGUCGGCUUCAUCGGAAUCUCAAACUGGGCUUUGGAUCCUGCCAAGAUGAACCGCGGGAUAUUUGUGUCCCGACUGGAUCCGUGUCAGAGAGAGCUCAUUGAGACGGCCAAGGGAAUAUGUUCAUCUGACAAAGUCCUGCUGCAGCGGGUGCAACAACUCUUCCCUGGCUUUGCCAAAGCCUAUUUAGGCAUAUGCCAAGCUCAAGGCGGGCAGUUUUUUGGGCUUCGUGACUACUACAGCCUCAUAAAGAUGGUGUUCAUCAUAGCUAAGGAAACAAAGUGUGAACCAACGGAGUCACAACUGGCGGAUGCCAUCUUACGGAAUUUCAGUGGUAAAGAUGGGUUCCAUCCACUUGGGUAUUUUCUCCCUGGUUUGGGGACUGUCCCACAGACGAGCACACUGGAGAUGGUGAAGAAGAACAUCACAGCAGAUUCCACUGAUGGAGAGUGUCGCUACCUGCUGCUCCUCACCAAGAAUUACAUUGCCCUGCAGAUUGUACUGCAACAUGUCUUUCAAGACUUGGAGGACAAGCCCGAGAUUAUAUUUGGGUCCAGCUUCCCAAAAGAUCAAGAAUACACCCAGGUUUGUCGAAAUGUAAACCGUGUGAAGAUCUGCAUGGAGAUUGGAAGAACUAUAAUACUUCUGAAUUUGAAGAACUUGUAUGAAAGCCUAUAUGAUGCUUUAAACCAGUACUAUGUGUACCUCGGAGAAUACCAAUACGUUGACCUGGGUUUAGGCACACACCGUGUCAAGUGCAGGGUGGAUAAAAAGUUCCGACUGAUCGUUAUUGAAGAUAAAGAUGUUGUCUACAAGCAGUUCCCUAUUCCUUUGAUCAAUAGACUUGAAAAGCACAGUUUAGACAUGAGCACCGUACUUACCCUUCAGCAGAGGGGCAUUGCCCAACGGUUGGAGGUGUGGGUCGGGGAGUUUGUGUCAAUGAAUAAGGGUCAGGACGGAACGAGUGAGAGCCUCACGUUAAACCCUUCGGAGGUGGUCAUCGGGUUUCACGCUGACGCUUGCGCGAGUGUUCUCCUGCAAGUUCUCGACACUGCGCACCUGUCCAACGACAGUACUUUCGAGGAUCAGCGGGCCAUUCUGAAAUCGGCAAAAUGCCUUCUCCUCAACUGUGCCACCCCAGACGCUGUCGUUCGCUUAGAACGCUCGAAGCUCGGCGACCAUGAAAUCAAGGAGCAGUGGAAGGAAUAUUUUGUUCAGCAACACCACAGAUCAUUGAGCGAUUACAUUCACCAGCACCUGAGUGAUGCGGAGGCACGAAAGCACAGUUUUGUUGAGGUGACAACGUUUUCAAGGCUGCUGACCAAAUCAGACAUCAACCUACUGGACAAAGAGCUCGGCAAUGUUGUGGCAGAAUUUGUCCUUCUGUCCCUCCACCAGUUCGACACCGAAUAUUCCUUCUGCAAAAAAAUAAGAGAGGCAUUCCAAAGCUUGAACACACAAGCACGUGUGCUGCUGAUACAGAUGGAUACUGAAGAGUCCUCUCAGAGCACUGAGCUGAUUGCUUCUGCCAAAUACUGCACCAUGAAUGAAAUGAACCUGAUGAACUCCACCAUUUCCAAUUGCUAUGUAUAUUUUAUCACAAAGCUCUCCAGACUUGCUGGAGGUUCAAGUUACAUUGGAUUUCAAGGAGGUCAGUGGUUGUCUGUCCACAUUGAUGACGUGACUGAAGCGGAAGAGAUGGGAUCGGAUAUAUCUGCAUUCUACGAUGUUACUAUCAGUGAAUUGUUUGCCAAUUCUUUGGGCAUACAAGAAAGUGACAAUCAGAACACUGUUCCAGAAGAUACAGAAGAUGAACAGCAAGUGAAAAUACAUACGGGAAGGUCGAAGAUUCUCAACACAACAUUUCUGUUGCAAAGCUGCAUUCAGAGUGCAGUGAGCACACUACGUGAUGGGAAAGAGGAAUGCAGUCGAAACACACAGCGUGUUCAGAUACUCCUGGAUCUUCUGAGCGAAGAGGAUGAAUGUGAGGUGGGAUUUUUAAGAACAGUCACAGAAAGGCUGAUGUUGCAGCUGCAAGAACGGGAAGAAGUGUCACUUGAUCCAAAGAAAUGGAUGUGCAAGGAGGCCCUGAAGAUCAAAGCUUUACAGGAAGGUGGGACUUUCAGACAUACAAUAUGGAAGUGCAUUCAGAACUCCGUUACUCCAAAUCUGGCGCAGUUGAUUUCCAUCCUGGACAGGGACUGUAAUCUGAAUCUUCUGGUGGAUCCGAACGUGGACGAAGACAUUAAGCGUCUCUGGCUGAACAUCUUCAGUGAUACACAGAUACUACGAAUUUCUCACCAGCCGGGAAAUUCAGGGCCAAACGCAGGGGAAGUAACAGUUGAGCGCAAAGUGAGUAAAGGAAGUCUCGAUAAUCCAUGUGCUGCCCCAUUCAGCUGGCUGAUCAAGGAGUACAUCGACCAGCUGUGGACUGAAUUUCGCUUUUUGGAAGGUGCCACUGACAGAAACAAAGCUAAAAUGCUAAAAUUUGUCGAGAGUUUUAACAAGAGUAAGCUCGGGGAGUAUAUAGCAAAUCUAAGUGAAGAAGGAAAACGCAACCUUGGUCAGCGAUAUCUGACUGAUUUUAUUCUGAUGACUAUCGAUAUUAGCUCUUGUGAUGAACUUAAGAUAUUCAAGAUGGCAUUUAUAUCCUGCCUGAAUGAGCUUCACAGUGACUCUGAACCGACCCUUCUGGAACAUUCACCUACGUGGAUACAUAUUGCAUACAAUGUUUUCAAAAAACGACUGCAAAAUUUGUCCAAUACGUUUGUGCUCUACCCAAAAGUCCUGGAAUGUUUUCGGAAUUGGAGACCAGGAGCAUUGGAUUCUAACAAAAUGACCCUCGACCUACAUGCAGCCUAUGCCUGUGCUGAAAUGGCUCAAGCUGUGAAUAUUGAGACGGUCAAAGACUGUAAACAACUGAUGGAAAUAAUGGAAACUGUACAGCCAGCAGUUGAACUGGUUUUUGACAAAAACUACCUGAAGCCGUGCAGAUCCACAUACCAGCAAAUUGUAUCUCGGAUAAGAACUCUCUGGGACAGUGCACGUGUGUUGUGCGUGUUUAUCGAACAUGUUGUGUUGACAGCCGGUCACAUUGACUGCAGGUUACAGGACAUUGCCGUAAAACAUUGUUCGCUGCUUCAGAAGAUCCUCAGGACGUCCUCUGAUAUGAAGGACUGUAAGACGGUUGAAGGAGUGAUUGAAGUGCUGCAGUCAUGUAAUGAGAUGUCCAGUCUGUUGGACCACAGGUAUGGCAUCAAAGAAUGUCCAGUCUGUCUGGGUAUGCUGAAUGAUCCUGCCUGCCUGCCCUGUGAACACGUCUUUUGUAUUGAAUGUUUGGAACGUUCGCUUGCAUUUCAAAGGGUUUGCCCAAAGUGCAAGGCAGGAGUUCCCAGUUCUGACGAAAUCCAAGUCUCCACGCAGCUGAAGACUGCUAUAAAAAAACAUAAUGACUUUCGGCAGAGGUGCAAUAUGUUUUUCAUGGAGGUUGUUUCCACAUUUUGCUUCAGUGAAGAUUCUCCACCAAGUGACCAAGUGAUUAAGUUGCUGCUUGCGCUACUAAUUGCAGUCAGCAACUCGCCUGAAGGUGACCUCUACCGGACUCGGACUUUAACCCCGUUCUCAGAAUGCGUGGACAUUAACCCUGUGAUACGUUCUGUUUUACUGAAGCUGCUAAUGCAUUACAGUUUUGAUGAGGUGAAGGACUUUCUGCAGACGUACCUCUCAAAUCUGGAAGAGAAGAUAUGUUUUAAAGAUCAUCUGAAGGAACUCUACCUGCUGUUCAUCAAAUGCUUUGAGGACUCGGUGUUUGGCCACUUUGAGCGUUGCGGUGGACUUGACGACGGAGAGCUCCUCAAACAGAACUGCAACUUUGCCAGCAGGUUUGCCAGACAACAAGCUGCCACUUGUAAAGACAAUGCCAUUGACUACUUGCAGAACAUCGCCAGUAUACGCUUCUGCUUCAGUCUUACGGCUCGGCUGAUGUACGAGGCAUGCAACAAAACAGACAUAAAUCACAAGGCCACAAAGGAAAGUUUCUUGGAGCACAUGAAGAUGAUCUGUUUGCAUUCUGGCAAUGAUUGGUAUCGGGUUUAUUUGAUGAGGGAAGUCUACGAUCAGUAUGGAAUGGAUCUUGUUCAAUCUUUGACACAACUCGAGGAGUACCGCUGGUCCUUUCCAGACAAGAUCAUCGAAAAGCACUCUCGUGGCGUACAGUUGGAUUGCUACGUUUUAUGUGGGGAGACGUACAAAGCCGUCCGUGAUGCAACUACUGAGGCCGUCACAAGAUGCCAGAUGAAUAUCAUCGCAGACAAGAUAAAGGGUCUGAAUUGCUCACCAAGGAAUCUUCAGGUUUACCUGGGCUUGGCAUUAUUCCGUGAGGUAACAUGUUCAUUCGCAACAGAGGAUGCCAGUAUGCACUGUAAUAAAAUGGCAAUUGCCAAGUUGCAGAAAUUUAUUAAGGACAGUAAGAUCUUGGAUGCUCCAAACCUGAAGGAUUUCUGCUGUGCUUUGGCGAAAAAUGAACUUGGAACGGCAGAAUCUUCAUUACGCAUCGCUCCGGACAAGCCUAGCCAACAACGCACCCUGAUUGAAAUAAUAGUUCAUGCAGCCUUGGUUUUGCUCUGUGGGAAUAGUGCCCUGUCAUCUCCACUCCGCAAACUUGCCUUCAAUCCUUCAGAAAUGAAGAAUGCUUACUUACCAACCAUGCCUGAAGAUCUUAAAGGAGAAGCUCGGUCUUGGUUUCGUGACAAACAGAAAUGGUACAGUUGCAGAUGUGGUGAACAUAUUCAAGUGGGUCAGUGUGGGAGACCCUUGCAAACUACUCGGUGCCCCAACUGUGAUGCAAUUGUUGGUGGAAUAAAUCACCGGCCUACUGAUGGAUUUACACCGCUAACUGGUCACACAGCACAAAUUGAGACUGGUCAUUUCUUGGGACCUGCGUCGCGAAGAGAUCAAGUUGUUGCCCCUGAUCGACAGAUGACCCCAGUUGCAUUCCUGUUACUACGAACACUGACGCAUGUGUCAAUGUUGCUUGGAACAGUUCAUCACCAUCAGAUCAUUAAAGAAAUUACUAGACCUGCGGUAUCAAAUGUGUCAAGCUUUUUGUGGGACCAUCUAAAGAAAGAUUUGGAUCAGCUUGGAAAAUCUCUCGGGAAGAACAUCGAUGAAGUAGCCAUCUGCAUUCACCUGGUUGUUGACCGACUGUUGAAUCAACCUGAAGAACGAUCAAUGAGGUGGAAUGAAGUCCUAUCGUCAAAGCAAGAACGAAAUGCAUGGGAAAGCCAAUUCAUCAAAUCUAUUAUUUCUCCACUGUUAGAGAACAUUGAUAAACGGUUGCCAGAAGUAACCAGGCAGAUGAGCUCCGAUGACAGAAUCGGCGGGAGUCCAAUUGUUAAAAUGCUGUACGGAGACCCAUCGGAUUUUCUGACCUUUCCCCGUGACACUCUGGAUUGUUCCUCUGCUUGGAAAUGUCAACGACGGACAUGUAUAGAGAACUUCACUCACAUUCUCGAGCAAAAGGAUGGAAAGAACGUGACCCCUAUUCUGUGGCAAUUUCUUCAAAAGGAGCGAUAUAUUAGGAUGCUGAAGUAUUUGCCUGAACUUAUUGAACUUCAGUACGAGUUAAUCAGGAUAUUCCAAUGCACCUCAAGUGUGAAAUCAAGUAAAAUCUCUCAAUUUCUUCAACAAAUUCCUGCAGGUCAACAAGGCCAAAAGCACAACUUUGAGAAAUGGAUCAAGAUUUUCUUACAACUGUGGAAUGAGCUGCGACUGUUAUUGGCAAAAGAUAAUCCUGCAAUCCCACAAGAAUUGCAUCAGGAUUUAACUUUGGACAGUCCCAUUGAAGUUCUGUUGCCCCAGCAACAGGGCCUGGGUCUUUGUACCACGACACUAACCAAGUUUCUCAUUGGAGUUCAAAAUGAUCUCAUUGGGGCCAUCAGUGAGCGCAAGAAAUUGUCCAUUAGCCCAGAGGCAAUACUCGAUGCACAUUUAAUUCUCUGCGACCCGGACAAGGACCUCAUCCCAAUUGUGUUGUCGAACUGCCAGUACACCCUGGAGAAAGGGCAGGAGACAUUACCCGAGUACAAUGUCAGGAACAUUGAGAGGCAACUCAUACGACAGUUCCUCCAAGGGAAACCAACAAUAGUUGAUUCGAAAAUUCCUAAGUUUGUAUCCAGGCGUGAAAGAGAUUACUUAACCAUCUUUAAGGAGCUGAAAUCAAAAAUACCUCAGAAAAUAUUGUUGCCAUCUGUGUGCACUGCAGUGACUACAUCGCUGAAGUCCUACAGUGACAUCUGCGAUGCUCUGGAUAUCAUUCAGAUUGUGGCUGGAUUUCUCGCGACCGCAGGUGGAGGCCAAGAUUACCAGCUGCUUGCGUAUCUCAAAGAAACCCUGCGGAUGGAUCGGCGAGUGUUGGCCUGUGUCAGCAAGGCUUUUGCAGAGUGCAGACUGAAGCACGCUAUCUCCCUUUGGCAACUUCUGUCGUCUUGGAAAUCAGAGGUCAUGCUCGGCACCAGAAAGGACCCAUUCGAAAGGAUUCCCAAGACGUACGCAGAAGACUUGCUUCCCGCUGAAGAAGAGAAACUGAAGACAUUCUUUGCAAGUACAGACAUCAAUGCAUUCAUCUGGGAGCUCCAUGAGAUUCUGAUGCUGAAAACCGCUCAAAGCAACGAAAAUGAUAACUACCGACCUAACUGGGGGCUCAAAGAAACUAUUUCCAUAUACCUGGAGCACAAAGGAAUCGGCCCCCUCUCAGGAAUGGAUGACAACCUUCCCGAUGAUAUAACUCUGGCUAAAGCCAUUCAGACCUGGAAACUUGCAGUGGAUUUCAAGAAAACCAUUUGACAGUUUUCACUUGAUCAUGUGUAUUACAGAUGAUCAACAGAGAGAAUUCCUGUUAUGUUGUUGGUACCAUUAUAUUAGAGUCCUCCUUAUUCAAUGCUCCAAUGUUUUGCACUAUAUUCACAGCGGUCUCCUUGUGAAUAUAUUAUUUUGCAACAGUUGUGCAGCCAAGCAUAACUUUUUCGAACUUUGUAGAAAUUUGUAUAAUCACUUCAAUAGCUUAUACAAUGGGAAAGAUUCUUAAAGUGGAAUAUUGAAACUUACGAAGAAAGUUCAGCGUUGUGACCAAUUUUGCUAAUGACUUCAGUGAACAUGUGCCACUAUUUGGCACCAGGGUUUCACAUCAAAGUCCCAUAGAAAUACUGAGUGCAUCAGUUUCCGAGUCAACUUGAGAGUAAAUUAUUUCCCAUCAAACUAGCUAUAUAAAUAAUUUCCUUUCUGUAAAAUUCAAAUUUGCUUGUGUUUUUGGAAUAUUGAACAAAGCAAAAGAAGCAUAAAAAUAGCAAAAGUGUAUAAAGUCAUGAGAGGAAUAGUCUCUUGCCCACAGUAGGUGAAUCGAGAACCAGGGGACAUAGGUUUAAGGAGAAGAGGGAAAGAUUUAAUUGGAACCUGAGGGGUAACAUUUUCACACAAUUGGUGGUGGGUGUCUGGAACAAGCUGCCAG